AUGUCUCCACUCACCCUUGUUAAUCGGGACGACGUUUAUGUCAAUAGACUAGAUGAACGCCCACCCCAUCGUGUGUUAGUUGUUGUAGUAUGCAUCUUGUUUGCAGUCGUUCUUGCACUGGCCCAGGGGUACCGAGCUGGCCGUCUGGCCGGCCAGAAGUCAAAGACUCGAGUUUCUGACGUGCUCGUCUUCGCGCAAGGCUUCGUCUGCACAGCCUUCUUGUUUGCCACGGCCAUACAAGUAUCGGGACUGGGCUUGCAAACUGAUGGCCAGUGCCAUGCUGCCAUAAGAGUCUGCAUCGUCAUGUACGGCGCGGACAAGAUAGCUCUAUAUCUCUUUUUACUAGAGCGAGUCCAUAUCGUUCGAGCUCCGUUCGUCGAUCGUACGAGAGAUAGAUUAUACGUCGUUGGAGCGAUCCUGACUACCGGCGGGUUCUUCGCCAUCAUGGCCUGGCAGUUUGUCAAUCCGUUUUCUGAGUUGAACCAUCAGACUGGUAUAUGCAGGAUCGGCAUCGAACCACAGGCUGCAAUGGCGGUCAUUGUGCUGGAUAUUCUCAUCAACACCAUUCUAACAGGAAUCUUCGUGUGGCAGCUUCGGCCAGCUUUAGGCUCGGCCGCACCUAAGAUGCGGAGUCUCGCUAGCAAUACCACUUGUGUGGAAUCCGACUCUCCAAGCCAUGGACUCAGACAAUGGAUGGGCAAGACACGCCACUCGAUGCGAACGUCUUCUCGGAGCGACCUGCGAGUCAUGCUGGUUCGAAACGUUGUUGGCUCUGGCUUCAUGUUGAUGGUCACUGUAUGCAACAACAGCUUGUUCCUCAGCUGGGCUUUUGCGAAGAUGAGCCAUGCAUGUCUGUUGAUGUGCCUGACAGACAUUUGUCUCGGUAUGCUUGUGACCCAAUGGUUAACGAUGCGUUCGGCUGAACCCGAGGUGAUUCGUCCUUCUCAAGUUUCGGUUUCAGGCGAGCGUACAGACUCCAUGUUACUCGUGAAUGAGAAACCUGUACACAUCAGCCGUGUGGUGGAUCAGGCACGCUUCAACCCUCGUUGA